UGUUCAGUUCAACAUAUGCACAAAACCUACAAAAUCUCUACUCCUAAUGGAGCAGUUGGUAGUCUCCGUCGGUCAAUUUUCGUCCCACCAUUUUCGUCCGGUUUUUCGUCGGUUAACCUUCGUCACAUCCCUACUGCCACGCCUUCGUCCACCGGUUUACGAAAGAAAAAAAAUAGCCCAGCCACCCCGCAGUCCCGCACGACCUUGCCUCCUCGAUCCCACCUCGACAUCCAUCUCGCCGCCACCUCCUGCUCCGCCCCGCCGUGCACCGCCCGCCGCCACCGUGCCUGCGCCGCCGUCCUCCCUAUCGACUCCGCUGUCCGAAUCCCGCCGCCGCCGCGCCUGCGUCCCUCCCCAAACUUUGCAUCAUCCUCCGCGAUCCAGAUCCAGAUCCCAUCCGCCGCCCGCCCCGCCCCAUGGGGGGCUGCCACGCCAAGCCGCGCACCCGCCACGUCGACGGCGCCUCCCGCCGCCGCCCGCGCCGGCCACGCCGCCUCCACCCUCCCCCUGCGGCGGAAACCUUCUCCCAAGCCGCUGUGGAAGGCACCGGAGAAGCCUCCGGCCGCUGACCCGACCAAAGAGGAUGAGUUGCAGGGCGCAAAGAAGGACGCGGGGGCCGCCACUGCUGUUGGCGACGGCGGCGCUAGGAAGGGGAACUCGUCCCCAUUGCCGCCGCCGAGGAAGCUGCAAGAUGCGCCGGCGGUGAACCUCAACGCGUCCUGCUCCUCGGAGGCCUCCGUGGAGUCGCUCCGCGGCCGGGCCCCAGGCGGAAGGACGGAGAGGGGCUGGUCCCGGCCGACCGCGCCCAAGCGUGGGAAGGCUGUGUCUAAGGUGGUGGAGAAGCAUGCUGAUGUCGCGGAGGUUGCCGCUCCGGUGACGCCGGAGGCCGUCCGAGGGAGGAGCCGGUGCGCCUGGGUGACUCCGACCACCGGCAUUGAGAGCGCGCUGGACAGCGGGAACUGUCGCGUCAAGGAGGACGCCAUGGACGGCGGAUCCUGGGCGCUGCACGUUGCUGCCGGCCACGGGAGGAUGCCAUACCCUUUGGGCGCAACAAACUCUUGGCCAUAGCCUCUUCCGCUUUUCACAACAAGGAAAGAGAUGCAUAUGAGAGGAAGAGAGCCUCCCCCAAGCUCUGUCUAGGCGAUGCAUGGGAAAUUUGGAAAUUUGGAAACUAUCAAGGAGAUGUCGAAUGAUGAAUAUACUCAGAUACUGAGACACAUUCUAAAACGUGUUUACGCAGGUGAUGGGGCUGCUGCCAGCUUGGGCCCGCUCAAGAACGGCGACUCUACAGGAGGGGGGUGGAGUCGCGGAAGCUCCUGUGCUAUUGGGAGCGACGGUUCCACAACGAGCCGGUCUUUCGUCACCGGCGAGUUGGAGGAUGUCCAAGGCCGGAAGUGUUCGUCACCACUGAGCCGCGUCUGAGAUAAUACUGACGCGAUGUCCAGAUUUGGAUGUCUCAUCUCUGAACAUUUGAAACGCCGAGUACUCCAUGAAAGCUUGCCUAGCCCUUUUGCGCAAUAUUAUAUCUUUGGACGUUUGCACUUCCGCGGCUCUAGACAUGAGCUUCCUUAUAUGAGUGCUAGCGCGCUACAUUGCAGAGAAAGCUUUGAGAAAAUGCUUUGUUCGGAUGAUAGACAAGAAUAAUCAAUCCUCAUUCCAAGGUUGCGAACCGGCUGCGCCAUCGACGACGAUGGCGAGUUUGGAUUAGAAAUGUGAAGAUGAGAAGAUAGUUGGGGAGGAAGAAGGUAUAAAAUCGACAAUAUCGUCUGAUGUGCGUGCGGAUCCUAAUGGUACAUGUUUGACGCGAUCGGUGCUAACCUAAUAAGAUAUAUGCGGUGGCGCGAGGUGGGGCGGCAAUGAGGCGGUUGUGCUGCAUGAGGCGGCCAAGUCCAAGGCUGCACCGGGGAGGCUCCUGUUGGGGCGACGCAUGGGCGGCAGCCACCCCCAAGACCCGUUAGCAUAAUGUCAUAACGAUAUAUUAAUAUUGAUUGUUGUGCAAAGGAGAAGGUUAUUGUUUGUAGUUAUAUUAGUUUAUUUCCUCAAUAUACAAUGACCUGGCUUAUUCUGUGUCCAAGAGGAAGGAAAAAUAUAUUUCUAGGUGUCAUGUGACUUACCUUUUAAAAGGAAUAACCUCAUGCUAUUCAGGCUUCACUAUUUGCUUCACAGAACUAUUGUAGCCAUAAAAAGAAAGGCCAUCAUGGAGUAUCUAUAACAUCGUUUUUCUAUUA